UUUCUCGCUCCUCACCCUCCUCCUCCUCUUCCUUCCAGUUGAGCACCACCUUCGCGAACGAAUGCUUAGCUCUGUCCAUCUCGCUUCCUCCAUCGUCUGCAUCCUCUCUCUGUGUCUGAAAGUGGCGAGGAGGAACAGCAUGUUGGGUUGGAUUCGCACCUAGCAAGUGCGUUGAGGUGAAAGCGCACAAUCUCUCUCUCUCUCCAGUCCACUUCUCCCUCCACAACCCCUCUUUUCUUCAUUCUUAUCUCUUUUGUUCACAGUAAGCAAGAAAGAAAGCCAUAAAAGGAAGCAGAAGAGACACCCCCACUUUGAUUUGCUCUCGCGAUUCGCUAAUCUUGAUCCUUCUCAAGAUAGGUCUCUCCAUCGCUUAAUUCAUCCGUGGCCCUUUUCCACUGUUACCGUCUCGUACCGUUUCUGCGAUCAAUCAUUUUGGGGUUCUCUUUCGGGUGCUCUGUUUCUUCAUAUGGGUGUUCGACAUUUGCUGUGGGUGGUCGUUGCCGUCACUUGGCUAUGCCUCCAAGCGCGGGUCCUGCACUCUCUAGAGGACCUUGUAUGCAAUUCGAGUGAUUCCGAAGCAUUGCUAGACUUGAUGAGCAACUCUGAGUCCCCAGUCGACGGCUGGGGACUCAAUGUGUCCGCCAAUUGCUGUGACUGGCUGGGGCGUAGUGUGCGAGUCUUCAUCUUUUCUUGGCCCGAGAGACCGUCCCUCCAGUUCGGGCAGAGUGGUUGAGUUGGUCCUCACAAGCAAGAAGCUUGCGGGCAACCUCCCGGACUCAUUUGGCAAGUUGGAUCAGCUGAAAUUCCUCAAUCUCUCUUUCCUCAGGAGUACACUCCCUGAAUCGCUUCUCCAUCUCCCUAAUUUGCAGGUCCUCAAUCUCAGCUGCAACAAAUUCUCAGGACCAGUCCCCAAAAGUGCCAGUUUGCCCUCGCUCCGUGUUUUCGACAUCUCUAAGAACUCUUUCAAUGGGUCUCUGCCCGUGUGGAUCUGUGCAAACUCGACUGGCAUUCAGGUGCUUAAUCUGGCUUUCAAUUGUUUCUCUGAUGUUAUCCCGCCAGGACUCGGCAAUUGUAGCUCAUUGCAGAACCUCUCUCUGGCCAAGAAUAGUCUCACGGGCGGGAUCAGUGAAGAUAUCCUCACUCUGGGUCAGUUGGUCCAAUUGAGCCUCCAGGAAAACUCGUUUUCUGGGCCGCUCGAUCUCAGGAUCGGAAAUCUCACGGAACUGGUUCAGCUGAAAAUGUCAACAAACGGAUUCACGGGGUCAAUUCCGGAUGUGUUUCAGAAGAUGAAGAAGCUGCAGUACUUCAUAGCUCAUGCCAAUUGCUUCACGGGCCCCAUCCCGUCUUCCUUGUCCAAUUUGCCAUCGCUCAGGGUUCUCACUUUGUGGAACAACUCGCUGACUGGUAGGAUAGGUCUUAACUGUUCGUCAUUGAGCAGUCUGGAGAUUCUGGAUUUAGGUUCCAACAAUUUCGGGGGUCCUUUCCCUGAGGAUUUGCCCAAUUGCCGGCGGCUGCAGAAAGUGAACCUUGCACGAAACAAGUUCACAACCCCGAUACCUCAAAGCUUCAAGAACUUCUCCAGCCUCGCUUACCUGUCGAUAUCGAAUAUGAGCCUAUCGAACAUAUCAUCUGCACUCGGGAUCCUUCAGCACUGCAGCAAUUUGACAGUGUUGGUUCUCACUCUAAAUUACUUUGAUGAAGAAUUGCCUGGCGAUGCAAGUUUGAGUUUUCCAAAGCUUGAGGUUCUUAUGAUGGCGCGUAGUCGACUGAGGGGUUCCAUGCCCCAGUGGGUACGUGGAUGCACCCGUUUGCAGUUGCUGGAUUUGUCCGGGAACAGAUUGGGUGGAACGAUCCCAUCGUGGAUCGGCGACUUCCAAUCUCUCUUUUAUCUGGACUUAUCAAAGAACUCGUUCGUGGGCGAGAUCCCAAAAGUGAUAACCGGAUUGCCUGCCCUCAUCCACAGGAAUAUGUCAAUAUCGGUACCUUCUCACGUUUUUCCAAUAUUCCGGCCAAGGAAUAUGAACUCGGGGGUGCUGAAGUACAAACGAUUUACAAACUUUCCAUCGACUGUGGAUCUCGGAGGCAACUCUCUUGACGGAUCAAUCUGGCCGGAGUUCAGGAAUUUGAAAGAUGUCCGUAUCUUGGUUCUUAGCAAUAACUUCUUAUCAGGUUCGAUUCCGGACAGUUUAUCCGAAAUGACUAACCUAGAGACGCUCAAUCUGUCUUACAACAAUCUGUCUGGAAGUAUACCUUUCUCGUUAGUGCGCCUCACCUUUCUGUCCAAGUUUAGUGUUGCAUAUAACAAUUUGUCCGGGCCAAUUCCUACAGGGGGUCAAUUCUCGACCUUUCCCAGUUCGAGUUUUGAAGGAACCAAACUGUGUGGUGAUCAUUGUGCUCCUUGCCCAGCGAAUCACAGUCAUCCUGGAUCAGCCAAUUAUAGUCAAAAUCAUUCUAAAUCUUCUGAUCAUGCCAUGAGCGAUAGAAACCUUGGAAUGAUCAUUGGACUUGCAUUCGGAAUGGCCAUUGAAAUUACAUUGGGAGCAACUAGGAUCAGUGAUUCGUGUUUACGUGUGAUAACGAGAUUUUGUAAUCAUCCUAAGUCAUGUUAAUAAAACUUCAAAAGAAAAUUGUGGGCGAGAUCCCAAAAGAGAUUACAGGAUUGCCUGGCUUCAUCAACAGAAAUCUGUCAAUGGCUGAACUUUCUCCUGAUUUCCCACUCUUCAUGAAGAGGAAUGUGAGCGUAAGGGGGCCGCAGUACAAUCAAGUUACGAGCUUUCCACCGACUGUGGCACUCGAAUGCGACU